AGCAACGUCCGGAGCAGGCAGGCAGUCUCUCCCUAAUGUAAGAUGGUGGCCGGUCUGGCAGCGGAGCGCGCAGAGCCUGAAGAUUACCCGUCUCUCACCUAAAGGUCGUUGGAGGAGCUCCCCGCAGCCCCCUUCCCGCUGCCCUGGAAGAGAGAGGGCGAGAAAAAGAGCGAGAGAGUAUUCGGGAGCCCGACAGCCGGUCGCCGUGGAGCAGAGACGACGAGGCGAGUCUUCAAGUUUCAUCAUUUUAGUUUUCUGUGCUGACUUUAUUCCUCCCUUAAGUUAUUAUAUACUUUUUUGCUGCUGUGUGGAAACAAAGAUGUCUCGCAGCCCAGAUGUAAAGGAAGACCCUGUGGAAUGCCCCCUUUGCAUGGAGCCUCUGGAGAUCGAUGACAUAAACUUUUUCCCUUGCACCUGUGGUUACCAGAUCUGUCGCUUCUGUUGGCAUCGAAUUCGCACUGAUGAGAAUGGGCUUUGUCCUGCUUGCAGAAAGCCAUAUCCAGAAGAUCCAGCAGUGUACAAACCACUCUCUCAAGAAGAGCUGCAAAGGAUAAAAAAUGAAAAGAAACAGAAGCAGAACGAAAGGAAACAGAAGAUAUCAGAGAAUCGUAAGCACCUGGCCAGCGUACGGGUUGUACAGAAAAAUCUUGUCUUUGUAGUAGGGUUGUCCCAGCGCCUAGCAGAUCCAGAGGUUUUGAAAAGGCCAGAAUAUUUUGGGAAAUUUGGUAAAAUACACAAAGUUGUCAUCAACAACAGCACAUCGUACGCAGGCUCACAGGGUCCAAGUGCAAGUGCAUAUGUAACCUACAUCCGGUCAGAAGAUGCACUCAGAGCCAUACAGUGUGUCAAUAAUGUGGUGGUAGAUGGAAGAACACUUAAGGCAUCUUUAGGUACCACAAAAUAUUGCAGUUACUUUCUGAAGAAUAUGCAGUGUCCAAAGCCAGACUGUAUGUAUCUACAUGAACUAGGAGAUGAAGCAGCUAGUUUCACAAAAGAAGAAAUGCAGGCUGGUAAGCAUCAAGAAUAUGAACAGAAGUUGCUUCAAGAAUUGUACAAGUUAAACCCCAACUUCCUUCAACUUUCUACAAAUACAGUUGACAAGAACAAGAACAAAGUCACUUCACUGCAGAGACCGAACAGUAAUAACAAAGAUGCCUGGCCAUCAUUACAGAGUUCAAGUAAAUCAGUCAACGGCUUAACAAUGGAACACAGGAAAACGCCUCCUAUUUUAGAAAAUGGCACAGACCCAGAACACAUGACUCCAGAUGGUCCAGAUUCAGAUUUCGGCCCUAUCGACAAACCUUCAGAUUCUCUCAGUAUAGGAAACUGUGAUAACUCACAACAGAUAUCAAAUAGUGACUCUCCUUCACCACCUCCUGGUUUAUCAAAAUCCAAUCCAGUCAUCCCCAUCAGUUCAUCUAAUCACAGUGCACGGUCUCCCUUUGAAGGAGCUGUAACAGAGUCACAGUCGCUCUUCUCAGACAACUUCCGACAUCCCAACCCAAUUCCAAGUGGACUCCCCCCAUUUCCCAGCUCCCCACAGACUUCUACUGACUGGCCCAUGGCUCCAGAACCACAGAGCCUCUUCACAUCAGAAACCAUCCCAGUAUCUUCCUCUACAGACUGGCAAGCGGCAUUUGGGUUUGGCUCUUCCAAACAGCAAGAAGAUGACUUGGGGUUUGAUCCCUUUGAUAUCACCCGCAAAGCCUUAGCAGACCUGAUCGAGAAGGAACUGUCGGUCCAAGACCAACCCUCCCUCUCGCCCACGUCUCUCCAGAACCCUUCCCCACACACUACAACCGCCAAAGGGUCAGGCUCUGGAUUUCUGCAUCCUGCUGCGCCCGCAAAUGCCAACUCUCUCAGUAGCACAUUUUCAGUCUUGCCACAGAGGUUCCCGCAGUUUCAGCAGCAUCGAGCAGUUUACAACUCCUUCAGUUUUCCAGGCCAAGCAGCUCGCUAUCCAUGGAUGGCCUUCCCACGCAAUAACAUCAUGCAUUUGAACCACACGGCAAAUCCCCCUUCAAAUAGUAAUUUCUUGGACUUGAAUCUCCCACCACAACACAGCACAGGUCUAGGAGGGAUCCCUAUAGCAGACAACAACAGUUCUGUAGAGAGUUUAAAUAUGAAGGAAUGGCAGGACGGGCUAAGGGCACUUCUACCGAACAUUAACAUCAACUUUGGUGGACUGCCCAAUGCUACUCCCCCCUCCAACGCCAACCACAGUGUACCAACGUCCAACACUGCCACCACCGACAGCCUGAAUUGGGACAGCCCUGGCAGCUGGAUGGACCCCGCAAUCAUCACAGGUAUCCCAGCCACCGCUGGAAACAGUUUAGAGUCCCUUCAAGAUGACAAUCCACCACACUGGCUAAAAUCGCUUCAGGCCCUCACAGAGAUGGAUGGCCCCAGUGCUGCCCCAACACAGACCCCCCACAAUAACCCCUUCAGCACACAGAUUCCUCUGCACAGAGCCAGUUGGAACCCUUAUUCCCCUCCUUCAAACCCCGGCAGUUUCCAUUCUCCUCCCCCAGGUUUUCAGACAGCUUUCAGACCCCCCAGUAAAACCCCCACAGAUCUACUACAGAGCUCAGCACUGGAUCGUCAUUAGGAAAAGAGUUUAAAACAUUAGAAAUGCAGGAAUAGCCCCACCAAAACUUCCCACACUCACCCAUGGUUUCCCCUCCAUAUUUUUUUUUCUGAGGAAUCCAGUUCUUGAUCAGACCUCGUUCUUGGCAGCCCCCAAAUGCAAUGCAAUCACAGGGUCAUGACCAUAUCUCUUUGUGUUCAAUUUCUGCUGAGCCAAUGUUUGAAACACGCUGUUUAAAAACUGUUUCUUUAAACAUAUUAAGAAAAAGAGAGAGAGAGAAAUCAAAGUACUGCCUUGGUACAUAAAAGGAGAAUAUUACUUUCAUAAAUCUUUUGCACUUAAUUAUUUUAGCCUAGCAAAAAUUUCAAGUCUACAGUAGGAGGAAGCAUAAUGUAAAAUCAAAAUCAAUGCAGGAAUGUAAAGCAGUUUAAUUUCAGCAAGAGAUUCAGGAUCUGGAAAGAAGCAGUUUGCUUAGUAUUUAUUUUGCAUUCUGUGUGUCAAUAAACGGGGAAAUAGCUUCUUAUUUUUCCUUAUUUUUUUUCCGGAAGAUUGGCAGAGUAUUGUCAGAUAUGUCAUGAAGUGGAUUGAAAGACAAUUUGCCUGUAGAAAUAACUGACAUGUUGCUAAGAAGUGGUUUAACAAGGGGGGAUUUUUUAAUUUUGGCUUUAGAUUUCAAGUAAACUUAACAUUUUAAAAAUAUUCACAGAUCUAAUACCUAGCAUUAUACAUGAUAUAAUUAUAAACAGCUGAAACACGAGUGAUAUUUUCUUCAGUCUUUCUGUCUCCGUCAGUCUCUCUUUCUUUUUUUUAAAUUCACCUGAUUUAAGGCACACUGGGAUAGCACUGCAUUGGGGCCACAUGAUCACCAUCCGGAGCGCAACUUUUGACGACCUCUGCCUGCAGCUUUUACUUAACCUUGUAGUUUCUGGACGUUUGUGCAGUAUUGAAAGACAGGAAAAAAAGAAACAGAUUUAAAUAAACAUGGUUAUAACCUGACGCUAAAACUAAAAAAAGAAAAAAAACACAAGGAAAUGUACCUCUUCAGAAUAAAAACUAAAAUCUAAAAUAAAACAAAACUUGAUGACA